GCCACAGGCUGGGGAGGGAGCAGAGGAGAGUUGGGAUGGACAAGAGGAGCUACACCAUGGCUAAGUUUGGUUUAGAAAGCAAAGAAGCGAUGCCUAAGAGGGAUUGUGGGUUUUACAUGAAGUACAUCUUCCUCUUCACCUCCCUCAUCCAGUUCCUCAUCAUCCUGGGGCUGGUGCUGUUCAUGGUGUACGGGAACGCGCAGGCGGGCACCGACACGCACCUCAGGCUGCUGGAGGAGCAGCUCCAGGAUCGUUACAACAAGAUCAUCACCCUCAGUGGGAGGAACCUCAACCUGACCCGUGCCCUCAAUGCCACUCUCAAGGAGAAGCAGGGGCUGCAGGGCCUGGUUCAGAAGGUGCAAAAGGAGCUGGAGAAGUGUAACAGCACGCAGGGUGCCAACCCUGUCCCUAAGGAGGUGAUGAAGGCCAUCUUGUACCAGAAGACCACCCUGGAUGACUGCCACAUGACCAUCCACAUCAUCAACACCAGCUGUAGCGCUGAGAAGGCUCUGCUGAGGAGUCAACUGGAUCAAUCAGCCCUGGCUAAGAAGGAGCAGGAGGAAAACUGCCGCAAAGCUGGUGCCACGUUGAGCAAAGCCACCCAGGAGCAGGAGAGCUGUGAGAGGGAGCUGCUCAACACCAGAACCAUCUGUGAGUCCACCAAAACCAACCUGGAGCUGCUGAAGCAUGAGUGUAGCUCGCUGAGGUCCGACACGAGGUACACCUUCGAGCGCAUCAACAUGAUGAACCCCUACAGCUGCAGCGCCGUGCACGAGGAGCUCAAGUGGUUGAUGAAGAGGACAGAGGGGCUUUUCCUCUGGCAGCAGGAAAGGGAGACCAAGUAUGUGGGGAAAAGUGUCUGUGACAUGAACCUGCUCCAGUGUCGCAUCAACUGCUCCGUGGAGAAGCAGGAGCUGGAGAAACGGCUGCAGGACGUGGAGAAGCAGCUCAAGGGUGGGCAGGAGGAGAAGAAGAAGCUGUUGGUGGAGAAGGAGCAGCUCAGCAAGGAGCUGGAGGAGAAGAGCAAAGUUGCCUUGCAAGCUGGGUACUUUAAGGAGCAGUUCAACAUCUGCAUGGGCUCCAAGAUGGACACGUUCCUGGACAUCACGGGCUCGCGGGGGCCGGGCAGCGGCGGCCGGCCGGGGCUCUUCGCCAACACCGGCCCCUACGCAGAUGCUCUGAGGAACCAGGGCAUCUUUGGGAACGUGGGCAGAAUCAACACGGAGGACAUCCAGAGGACGAUGCAGAAGAUCAUCGAGCAGUACACAUCCACCCUGAAGAACCCCAGCGGCUAACGGCCGAGCAGCGCUUGGAACACGGCGGCGAGGGGCCCACGGACGAGCCCAGGACGUGCUUCCCACGGCACACGCAGCGAACCCCGAGCGGCAUCGAGCGAUCGGCACCAGCGCCAUCCUCCCCUCUCCCCAGCCCGGGGGCGGGGGGAGCUGCCAGCGCGGCCGGAGCCGGGGCCGCCCCCUCCCGUCCCCUUCCCCCAGCUCACCCCCUCCCGUCCCCUUCCCCCAGCUCAUCCCCUCCCGUCCCCUUCCCCCAGCUCAUCCCCUCCCGUUCCCUUCCCCCAGCUCAUCCCCUCCCGUCCCCUUCCCCCAGCUCACCCCCUCCCGUCCCCUUCCCCAGCUCACCCCCUCCCGUCCCCUUCCCCCAGCUCACCCCCUCCCGUCCCCUUCCCCAGCUCAUCCCCGCGCCGCGUCCCCGGCACGCUUGGACACGGGG